UUUAAGGACUUGGCGUUUGAAUAUUAUUGGUAUCUGUUCUCUCCCUAAAGAGAGAAAUCUCCACCCGCGUCUAAUGUUUUUAUUUUUAUAAUUUUUUUGCAUUACAAUUGCAAAUUUGUUUGUUUUGUGAGAUGUGUAGUUAUUUGUUAAAUUAGAAACCGUAAAAUAAUAUUGAAAUUUAUAUUAAAAUAGCAUUAUUUUUAAACUAGUGUAUUAGUUAAUUUAUUCUUUCAAGUAAUUAUUUUGUGUUGGAGACUUAAACGUAAAACAUGCCAAAACGAAAAAAGUCAUCCAUAAUUUCAGAAGAUAGCAAAGAUGGCAGCGAGUGCUCAAAGAAAAGGAAAGGUUUACUAGAGCCUGCUGAAAUUUGUCAAGAACUUUAUGAUACUAUCAGAAGUUAUAAAAUGGAUGAUGGUCGUAUGCUUUGUGAAUCUUUUGUCAGAGCUCCAAAUCGAAGGAGUUUAGCAGAUUAUUAUGACAUAGUAACAACUCCCAUAGAUUUGAUGAAAAUUCAACAGAAGCUAAAAACUGAUGAAUAUCUUGAUGUUCAGCAAUUUACAAAUGACAUUGAGUUGAUGGUGAAUAAUGCUAAAAGUUAUUAUAAGAAAAGUUCUCAAGAAUAUAAGGAUGCCUGUGAACUGUGGGAAGUAUAUUUAGAUGCAAAAAGUGACAUUUUAAAUGCAGAAUCUAAGAAGGAGGACGACAAGUCAAGUGAAAUUGAAGAUGACAGAGGAAGUGAAUGUAGUGAAGAAGACUCAGUUUAUGAAGAGUUAUUUACUACAGUUAUGACUGCUGCGGAUAUGGAAGGACGCUCCUUAAGUACUAUGUUCCAGUUGUUACCUUCAAGAACUUUAUAUCCGGAAUAUUAUAAAGUAAUCCAAGAUCCGGUUGAUUUGAAGAUGAUAGCACAGAGGAUCCAAAACAAUGAUUAUAGAAGUCUAUGUGAGAUGGAAAAGGAUUUGCUCCAGAUGAUAAAAAAUGCCAAGAACUUCAAUGAACCUGGCUCUCAAAUUUACAAGGAUGCUGCUACCCUGAGAAAAAUUAUUCUAAUAAAGAAAUCUGAAAUUGAUCAGAGAAAAACCUAUCCAGCAAAAUCAAGUGAAAGAAUUAGGAAUAAACGACUAGCUGGUGGACAGAAAUGGUCUGCAAUUAUAUCAGCAUUGAAGUAUGAACAAGAGGCAAUUCCUAAGAUAGAUCUUACCUCAGAAAUUGCUUCCCCAAUGUCUGUAGAUGUGGCAGAUGAAAGUCGGGAUGCUGCUGAUGACGAUGGUAACGAAUCUGAUCCUGAAGAUGCUGAUAAUAAUCCUCAAUGGAUUCUGUUUGAAACUGUUAAAAAUUAUGCAAAUCCUCAAGGUUAUACUCUUUCCGAACCUUUCUGGACUCUUCCUUCAAGAAGGUCAUAUCCAGAUUAUUACAAAGAAAUUAAGCAGCCUAUGUCACUGUUUAAGAUAAGAACUAAAGUGAAGAUGGGACACUAUCCUAGUCUAGUAGAAGCUGUUGAUGAUUUAAAUCUGAUGUUUGAAAAUGCUAAAAAGUACAACCGCCCUGAUUCAAAGCUUUUUAAGGAUGCUGUAAAACUUCAGAAAAUAAUGCAAGCUAAAGCCAGAGAGUUGAUAAAUGAGCAAAUGAAGGAAUCUGAAAGUGAAGAUGAAGAAGAGCCUGCUGCGAAAAGAAAACCAAAGAAAAUAGUUUCUUCUCCAUUACCUGAAGUUAAAAAAAUAAGGAGGAGUUUUGAUGGUGAAAUGAGUUUAAAAAAGAAGGCUAAGAUUCUUUACAAAACUCUACAUAGCUAUGUGGAUAAUGAUGAUCGUUCAUUGAUUGAAUUGUUUAUGGAAAAACCAUCUAAAAAGGACUAUCCUGAUUACUAUGAAAUCAUCACUAAUCCUAUUGACAUGAAAACUAUUGAAAGUAAUAUUAAGUCUGAAAAGUAUGUUAAUGAAGACAGUCUUAUUGCUGACUUCAGACUAAUGUUUGCUAAUUGUAAACAUUAUAAUGAAGAGGGAUCCCAAAUUUACCAAGAUGCUGUUACGCUGGAAAACACCCUUAAUUCCAAAAUUCGGGAGUUAGGGGGCACUGUUGUAGAGACGACCCCAAAAGUUCGAGCUCCUGUUAAAAGAGUGAUAAAGGAGUUUGCUAAGGAAGAGUUACCAAGAAAUAGCAAUGUGACAGGUAUAAAACAUAAGCUUAAAUUGUUUUAUGAUGCUGUAAAAGAAUAUAAUGAUAACAGAGGUAGAAAACUUUCUGUUAUUUUUAACAAGUUGCCGUCUAAAGGGGACUAUCCUGAUUAUUAUGAAGUAAUCAAAAGGCCUGUAGAUCUAGACAAAAUUGGUGUUAAACUGAAAGCAGGCCAGUAUGAAACAUUGGAAGACUUGCUCUCAGACUUCGUCUUAAUGUUUGAUAAUGCUUGCAAAUAUAAUGAGCCUGACUCUCAAAUUUAUAAAGAUGCCCUCACACUCCAAAGGUUUACAUUACAAACUAAGAUAGAACUCAGUGAAGAUACCAAUAAUGGUGUGCCUAAUGUUAGAGCUCUUGUGCAAGAGCUGCUGACAGAUCUUUUUAUUUCUACUUAUAACCACCAGGAUGAAGAAGGGCGUUGCUUUAGUGAUUCCUUAGUUGAGUUUUCUGAAACAGACACAUCCACAGACCCUGCUAAGAAAGUUCUGAAUCUGGACAUGAUAAAAAGAAACCUAGACAAGGGUAAAUACAAACGGUUAGACCGUUUUCAAGAAGACAUGUUUGAAGUGUUUGAGCAUGUUCGUCAUCGCAGCCGCACCGAUUCCCAAGUGUUUGAAGAUUCGGUUGAACUGCAAUCUUUUUUUAUAAAGAGGAGAGAUGUGUUGUGCAAAAAUGGCGAAGUUCUUCAAUCUCCUGCUCUUCAAUAUUCUGAAGCUGAUUUACAAGCAAGUGUGGAAACUUUACGAGCCCAAAAGUUACCUCGAGAACAACAAGAAGCUGAGCUAGAGAUCAAGCAAGAAAAGGUAACAAAUAAUAAAGAUAAAGAAGAGGUAAAAUCAAAUGAAAUUUUAAGUUCUGAUAGUGCCACAUUCCAAGCUGAAACUUACUAUGUUGGAGAUUUUGUAUAUAUCGAACCCAGGGAGAAAGGAAUGGAGCCUCAUAUUAUGCACGUUGAAAAACUGUGGCGAGAUAAUCAAGGGGAACAAUGGCUUUAUGGUUGCUGGUUUUAUCGUCCUAACGAAACAUUUCAUCUUGCUUCUAGAAAAUUUCUUGAAAAGGAGGUAUUUAAAAGUGACAAUUAUAACAGCACUCCAUUAAACCAAGUCAUGGGCAAAUGUUAUGUAAUGUUUGUAAAAGACUACUUUAAGCUAAAGCCUAGUGAGUUUGAAUUUAAAGAUGUAUACGUUUGUGAAUCACGUUAUUCAGCAAAAGCUAAAGCCUUUAAGAAAAUUAAAAUUUGGAAUUUUAUGGCAAAUAACCAUGUAAAUCUUGUUUCUCGUGAAGAACAAGUAGAUCCUAUAAGAGUUCCAUCCAUGUUUAAAGAUGGAUUUGAAAAACCCAAAGAUGAUAGCAAUGAUGAUGAUCCUGAUUUAGAUGUUGUAGAUAAACCUAGACCAAAUCUUGUUUGUGAAGUCCAAAAUCCAGAUGAAGGGGCAACAUAUUAUGAACAAUAUACGUUACCAUCUGGAACUUAUAAAUUAGGAGACUGCUGCUAUGUGAGAACUGAGCAUAAUAAAUCUUUAAUUGGAAAAAUUGAUCGUAUGUGGAUUGAUAAGUUGGGUAAUGCCUAUUACCAUGGACCAUGGUUUGUUACUCCACAAGAGGUUCAGCAUCCACCCACAAGAUUGUUUUUCCGCCAAGAAGUUUUUCUAAGCUCAAUAGAAGAUACAAAUCCUCUUUUGAGUGUAAUUGGACAUUGUGCUGUUCUAGAAUACAAAGAUUAUUGUAUCAAAAGGCCUACUGAAAUUGCAGAACAAGAUACAUUUAUUUGUGAAUCCAAAUAUUUAGAAGCAGAAAGGCAGAUAAGAAAGCUCUCUAAAGGAUUGCGAAAAAUUCCUGUAACAUCAAAUGUCACAGAAGACGAGUUUUAUUUCUUUAGGAAACCUCUUAAUCCUCAAAAGACUGAAGUUCUAAUUGCACCUGUAAUUCCCAAGAAAAUACCUACUACUGCUGAGUUAUCCCCUCUUAUGACAAGACCUACUAUUGAGACUGAUAAUGAAGAAUCUAAUCAAUCAGUGCCAAUGGCUACUAUUGAACAAGAUAUAUCCACACCAGUAUUAUCUUCCAAUAAAAAGAAUUUCUUCCAGAAGAGUACUAAAAGAAUUGUUACUGGAUAUAUACUUUUUGCGAGCGAAGUCAGGAGAUCAGUUAUUGCUCAAAACCCAGAUCGAUCAUUUGGUGAUAUCAGCAGAUUAAUUGGAACUGAGUGGCGUAAUUUACCUAUUGUAAAAAAAGCUGAUUAUGAAGAGCGUGCACAGAAACAGAAUGAAGAAACACAAUCUCACUUUUUGAAUGAGAGUAGUAUGCCCCACUCCCCUGCUUCCACACAAGGUAGUACGUCUGACAAGAACGAGAACAUUUUGUAUGAAUGUAUGUGGGAUGGAUGUGAUCAUCAGUUUGAAGACCAAACAGAUCUUAUUGAACAUUUAGCUGUUGAACCUGGAGGUCACAUUCAACAAACAUUUAAAGGAAAAGGAGCUGAAAAGGGAGAAAUUCAGUGUCUGUGGUACAACUGCCAAAGAAUUAAGAAAAAUAUACCUCCUUUUCCUAAUGUUGCUCGUCUUAUUCGUCAUGUGAAAGAAGUACAUUUAAAGACAUCUGUUAAAAAUGUUCUUCCAGAAAACAGAAAUAGAAACUACACUCCAUCUAAGAGGAAUGCUGCCAACAGUAUUUUAGGAGCUACUAGUAAUUCCAAUUCCUUUUCUACCCCCUUUAAAAAUGCAUAUAACGGCAGUGCCCCUUCCUCCCCAUUCUUCCCAGGAGCAUCAUAUUUUAAUAUGCCUACUACUCCACGAACAAGUCAUGGUUCUACGCAUGCCACAAAGCCAUUAGAGCCCAUAUUUGUAUCAGCACCUCCAAGAACUCAACGUCUUCUACACUCAAAUGUAUAUAUUAAAUACAUUGAGGGUCUUCAGGCAGAAUCUCGUUACAUUAGCAACUGGGAUGCACAUCUGAAAGCUACUCCGGAAACAACGGUUGUGCCAGAUCCUGCAAGAUUACCCACACACUGGCUGAGCAAUAAUGUUGAAAGCCAUGGAAAUGCUUUAAAUGCGCUGUGGGCUUUGCGGAACUAUAUGUUGAAAGACGCCCUCAAUAUAUCAAAAGUCAUUUAACCUUCCAUCACUUUUUAUUCAGCAUUCCAUUGUUCCACUAUAUUUAAUAUUGUCAUCUAUUUAACAUUCACAUUUCAUUUGAUUUUGCUGUGAUCAGCAAAUCAAAGUCAUUCAGUCUUUCUGAAAAGCAUUUAAAUACGUAUGAGUCGCAUAUGAUUUUUACAUACAUAUGAAUCAACUUGUUAAUUAUGAGUGAUUCUUUAUAUAGCCAAAAAUCAAAACUUUUUUCUUUCAUCGAUGAAAGUACUUUUAUGUUGAUUUUCUACAUUUGUAAGUGAGACUGUGAAAACAUGUUUACUUUUGUAAGGCAUAAAAUUAAAUAUUUAAUAAUAUUUUAAAUUUAUAUCGAUAAAUAAAUACCAUUAUGCUACAUUGGAACUUUUUUAAUGUGAUAUUGAUCAAUUAAACUAAUGAUGAUUUACAGAGAUUUUUUGUAAACUUGUUUUAUCAAAAAUGAUGAUUAAAAUUUUAAAUAACUUAUCUUGAAUAUGAAAUAAAAUUACUUUAUUCAACAA